AUGCCAGAGGACUACGUCGAGGUCGGAUACUGGAGCACUAUUGAGGUUCCGGUAGGCGUUAUCUGCGCCAGCAUGCCUGCCAUUCGCUCUCUAUUCAGUCUGGUCUUCCCCAAGGUGUUUGGCACCACUCAAAGGGGCAAAUCAAACUACGCCAAUCUAUCGAGCCAACAGAAGGAUCUCUCCAACUCCCAGAAAGUUUCAUCCAAGGGCUCAUCAAAACCAGCUAUUCGAGUGCUCAAGGAGUUCACAGUCCGGUCGAGACAUCGGGAUGAUGUCUCCUACGUCGAGCAUGAACUCACGACAGGACCGUUCACAGACCCCAGUUCACGCCCGUCAUCAGAAAAGAAGCCCAUUACUCCACAUGAAUCUGUGUGA